UCUGAUGAACGUCAAUUUUACAAACUAAAUAACUUAAAUAAAUAGAGUUGGUUUCGAAACUUGUUUUUUUUGUGUUACCUACUUACUUCACCUAGAGACGACUGUUUAGUUGUCAGGCCAAACACAAAAGAGAGAAGAGAGCAGUCAGAUUAUAACAUUCACUUGAAGAAAAUGUUAAGUGCAUGUUAUCUGACAAUUAUUAGAAAGAAUAAAUAUGUAUAUUUAACUUGCAUGCAAGAGGUUUCUACACUCUGUUUAUUUAGAGUAUGAACUGAGUAGAGUAGAAUCCUAAAGAAUAACAGAGAAGACAGCCUUAGAAUGUGGUCAUGUCAGAGUAAGAAUUCGGUUUAUUGUAACUACCGACCGGUAUUAAUAUUUUAGAGAUAUUAAUCCAAGAUAGAAAAUUUACCAAGGACCAUCACCAGAAUAAUGAAUCUCAAAACAAUAGAUUUCGAUUCAAAUCAAUUUUCGAUUAUGAACAUUUUGUGGUACAUCACUAUUGAAAAAGUUUUACCAUUACCAACCUUACAAAACAAACUUUUUUCUCAAACUCAACUUGAUCAAUGGCGUAUGAGCGUCUUCGUUUUAUCGAUAAAAUCAAUAAAUUUAAACGUCAGGAAGGCCAUUUCCAUGUUUCAAUGCGUUUAAAGUGUAUUUGUGAAUUACGUUGUUGUUAUUGGCUGUGGACAUACGAUCGGCUGAUCCUGUUUGUAUCCAGGACAGAGAAGACAGAGGCUACUGUCGUGACACUUCAGCACUGUCAAGGACAAGUUGCCGAUGGUAAAAAUUGGCUCAAAGAUGACGGAAGCAUGGAAAACUCGAAUAGAGAUAGUCAAAGGUAAGGUAGAGACUAUUCUUACUAAAAUAAAAAAAGGAGAGACUGAACCAGUGGAUUAUUACAACCUCAAGUUGCUCAAUGAACUUUUUAUGAAGGAGACCCAUAUUUAUAUGGAUAAGUUGACAGUAGAAGAAUCCAGAACUUACACAGAAAUACAAAUAGAAGCAAAGCUCCUCGAUAACAAAAACAAUGGUGACCCACCAGUACAACACGUUGAUCAAUUGACAUCCAAACUACCAAAAUUAGAGUUACCACGUUUCAAUGGAGACACUCUGAAGUGGAAUGAAUUCUGGGACCGUUUUAAAUCCAGCGUAGAUACCCAAAAACUUACCAAAGCUGACAAGUUCAGUUAUUUGAUGGCAUCCCUGGACCAAGAGGCAUUAGCGGCCAUUGAAGGCUUAGACAUAACUCAUGAAAACUAUGAGAUUGCAGUCGAUAUAUUAAAAGAUCGUUUUGGUAAGCCUGGGAUGGUCAUUGAUGCUCAUUAUGAAGCGCUUCUUAACCUCAAAAGUGCUCAUUCACCAAAUGAAUGCAUGAAUGUAUUUAAUGAAAUAGAGAAACACCUCAGGAUUUUAAAAGCUUUGGGAGAAGAUACUAACCACAAUAAUUUAAGAAGAAUUAUAUUAAAGAAGUACCCUGAAGAUAUUAUCUAUGAAUUGAAAAUGAAAGUAAAAGUAGAAGAACAAAGUGUUGAUACUAUAAGAAAAUUAUUGGAACAACAGAUUACUGCUCGUGUCACUACAACAAAACCUUUGCUGAGUACACUAUCAUUUACAAACACUACUGAGAAGAGACAAUAUCCAGUGAAGAGGAAAUUCCCUACACCCAAAGUCACACCUGCAAAGAGAAAGAAGAGAAGCUUACCUUGUAUCUUCUGUGAUGGAGAACAUUUUAAUGACAACUGUAAGCAAGUGGUGUCAGUAGAAGACAGGAAAAAGAAGAUAAUUGGACGUUGUUUUGUUUGCUUUAAAAAGGAUCACACAGCAAGAGAUUGCAAAGAAAGAAGAAGAUGCUUCUACUGUGGUGAAAUCGGAAAACAUAAUAGAGCACUGUGCAAUAUGGCCCAGAAAAGUACAACACUACAGACUCGCAGCGAGAAGAAUAAAGGUACUGUACUACAGACUGCUAUAGCUCAAGUAAGAAGUAAAGAUGGUACUUUACAUAAAUGUAGAAUUUUACUAGAUUCUGGUAGCCAAAGGUCGUACAUCACUAAAAACCUAACUAAGAUUAUAAUGCCAGAAAUCAUUGAAACAGAUCACUUAAUGAUUUACACCUUUGGUCUGGAACAACCUAAGAAGCUAGAGAGUCCUAGAGUUAAGAUAGAAUUAGUUUGUGACUCCGGCCACUCAAGAUAUGUAAUAGUUAAUGUUGUAAACUUUAUAACUCAACAGGUAUCAUGUUUUGAUUUCAGACAGUACCAAUUUGGUCAAGAAAUAAUUCCUUCAGAUGAUGGAUCCAUGGGCGGUGAGAUAAAUCUUCUCAUUGGCAACGACUAUUACUUCACAUUCAUCAAAAAUGGAAAACUUAGCAUUGAAGAAAACCUUUAUUUAAUUGAAACAGAUUUCGGUUGGGUCUUCAGUGGCAGAUCUCCCUUUCAUCAAGAACAUGUUCUUAGUGUAGCAACGUACAUGCAAACUAACCUGCCAGAUAACUUUGGUUUUGUUCAGCCGGACUUACCUAUCAAGGAAGGAGAGAUUAAACAACUUUGGGAGUUGGAAUCCAUCGGUAUUAGAGAUUCUCCAAAGACUACAAAUGAAGAAGAAGCUUUAAGAAAUUUCAACAGUACAGUUACGUUUGAAGAGAACAGAUAUCAUGUCAAAUGGCCGUGGGUCCAGUAUCCACCAAACCUACCAUCAAACUAUGGUCUAGCUGUAGGAAGACUGACCAGCCUAUUAAGAAGAUUGGAUAAGAAUACUUUAGCCAUUUAUGAUGACACCAUUCAAGAACAGGAGUCAUCUGGAGUGAUAGAAAAGGUGAAGAAUGCUUUUGAAAAUGUGCAACAUCCAAUACAUUACUUAUCACAUCACUGCGUGGUCAAGAAAGAUAGCUCUACUCAACUGAGAAUUGUCUAUGAUGCAUCAGCUAAGUCUAAAAGUACACAAUCUAGCCUGAACGAAUGUAUGUACAAAGGACCAUUGAUGCUUGAAGACUUAACUGGACUUAUCUUGAGGUUUCGUCAACAUGAAAUAGGAAUCCUGGCAGACAUUGAGAAGGCCUUCCUACAACUAGGACUUCAGAACGAAGAUCGUGACGUCACUAGAUUCCUGUGGGUAAAAGAUACUACAAAAGAAGUAACAGAAGACAACUUACAAUGCUACCGAUUUUGUCGAGUUCCCUUUGGAAUAGUAUCCAGUCCAUUCCUACUAAAUGCAACAAUAAAGAGUCAUUUUCUGAAAUGUGGAGAUGAAACACUUAAGAACGUAGCAGAAAAGAUAUAUGUUGAUAAUCUUGUACUAGGAGCGAAACAACAAGAUGAAGCUACAGGAUUGUAUCAAAAAAUACAUGCUUCCCUUCAAACAAUCUCGAUGAACGUGAGACAAUGGAACUCAAAUAACAAAGAAUUUCUAAAAGAAAUACCUGAACAUCUACUUGAAGGCAAAGAAGUCACAAAGGUGUUAGGACUUGUGUGGGACACACUAGAAGAUACAUUAAAGCUUAAAACACAGAUAAGUAACUGUGAUAGAGAUAUGACUAAAAGGUAUGUUCUUCAAGAAAUAGCCUCAAUCUACGAUCCUUGUGGAUUUAGCAGUCCUCUUCUUUUACCAGCUAAAGAAUAUCUACAGAGACUUUGGAAAUUAAAACUUAAAUGGGACACCAAACUGCCAGAAGACUUAAGAGACGAGUGGAAUAGGAUUUCAAGCAGUCUACACCAAACUCAAGAUAUUGAGAUUCCAAGAUACAUAGGCGCUACGCAAGAUAAAGCAGUACAUGAGUUACACUGUUUUACGGAUGCAUCCAAGGAUGCCUACGCGGCAGCUGUCUACAUCAAAACAGAAUCACAGGAUAAAGUGAUAGUAAGACUGCUUAUGUCCAAGUCAAAACUGACUCCACUCAAAGACCAAGAUAAUCUACAAAUUCCGAGGUUGGAACUAUUGGGUACUCUUAUUGGCAGCAGACUUUUAAGAUAUGUGAGACAACACUCUGAAGUACCGAUAUCUAAACAAUACCUUUGGACUGAUAGUCAAGUUGUUAUAAGCUGGUUACGCUCAGAAAAGCUAUUGCCUCCCUUUAUCUCAAGAAGAGUUACUGAAAUAAAUAAACAAGACACGCAAGUUUUGUAUGUGAAAUCAGCGGAUAAUCCAGCAGAUAUUGCAACCAGAGUUGCAGACUUUACACCUGCAAAAAGAGAACUAUGGUUUGAAGGACCCCAAUUUUUGAAGAAUGAAAGAGAAUACAAGAAUAACUGGGCAAUGACACAAAACCUGUGUGCUUUGGAGGGUCUGACCCAGUCAGAAGGAUAUCUAAAUGAAGCAAAUGUAAACCCAGAAUCAUUGCAAUUGCAACAAAGUGAAGAAACGAUUACCAAUAUUACUGCUAAAAUCAAGAGAGAACAGAAAUUACACUACCCACAGGAAUGUGCAGGAAAAAGUACUGAUUUAAGUCGUAGCCUUGGUGUAUUCAAAGAUGAAAAUGGCUUACUCCGAUGCAGAGGAAGGAUAGUCUUAACUGACCUGCCUUAUGACCGCAAAUAUCCCAUCCUCCUACCGAAAGAUUCCAGUCUGACAGAAGAAAUCAUAUCCAAUAUUCAUAAGGACAACUAUCACGUUGGAGUAACACAUACUCUUUCAUUAAUUCGUGAAAAGUAUUGGAUCCCACAAGGGAGAUGUAAAGUGCAAAAAGCACUGAAGAGAUGUUUACAGUGCAGGAAAUAUGGUGGAGGUCCUUACAGACUACCUCAGAUGCCUGACUUACCAGAAGAAAGAGUAAACUUCACUUCAGCGUUUUCGUUCAUCGGCCUGGACUAUCUUGGACCUCUUCUAGUUACCACGGAUAAAGGACAAACAGAAAAGAGAUGGAUAGCCUAUACACCUGUUUAGCUGUGAGAGCAAUUCAUCUUGAAAUAGUGAAGGAUCUUACAGCGGAACAGUGUACCUUGGCACUCAGAAGGUUCAUAGCAGAACGAGGAUUGCCACGUCUCAUAAUAUCUGACAAUGCAGCUCAGUUCAAGCUUACAGCAGAAGUCAUGGCCGGACCAUACUGUAUUGACAACAACUUACAGUGGAAGUUCAUCCCAGAGUUAGCACCUUGGCAUGGUGGCUUCUAUGAACGCUUAGUUGGCUUGGUUAAACAUUGUAUGAAGAGAUCGUUAGAUACCCGUUUGCUGAGAGACAACGAACUGUCAACUAUUGUGAAAGAAAUUGAGUUGGUACUUAACACAAGACCGUUGACCUAUGUUGGGACUGAACAUGAACAUAUAUUGAAACCCCUGGACUUCCUUCGAAUGAAUGACUGUUUGAUGCAAACUUCUGAAGUACCAUAUGAAUCCAGAGAAGAUACUAUUACAAAGGAACUACUAAUAAAGGGAUGGAAGAGAAGCCACAAACUUGUAGAUGAAUUCAGAAAAAUGUUCAUCAACCAAUAUCUUAAUGCUUUGAAGGAAAGAACACAAAUACGACAUAAACAGCCCAGAGUGGUCAGCCAGUCCAAACCUAAGGUUGGGGAUGUCGUACAGAUAAAAGGUGAUAACAAUAACCGUUCUGCUUGGAAGAUAGGUAAAAUAAUAUUGCUUCAUAGAGGAAGAGACAAUGAAGUGAGAGUAGCAACAGUUAAGGUUGGUGACAAGGAAUAUAUAAGAUCCAUUGCCCAUCUUUUCCCAUUGGAGAUAGAAGAACAUGAACACAUAGAAAAGGAACAUGUAUCUACUAGGACAGAAUCAGACUGUAGGGAAGAAACAGAAACAUUGAGAACUACUCAAGAAACAGAGAUGGAAGGGAGAAGCAUUGACAUGCCCACCGAAAUAGAAACAGUAGAGCCUACUACUGAUCAGAGAAGUAAUAGUCGUGCCGCCGCAAGACGAGCUAAAGAAAAGAUUGCUCAAUGGACCAAGGAAUUAGUAAAUUUAAUAUGUGUGAAUUGUAUUCAACUAUAGUUAUUUAAAGGUAUCGAUGUAUCGUAUACUUUAAGUAUAAUUAGAAGUAUAUAAUAUGUAAUUGAAUAGUAUACUUUCUUAUUCUUGAUCAAUAAAUGUCACGUAUGAUUCUA